UCUCUUGCCCGCCGUCGCAGCCUAUAUGCGUGUCUCCCUUUCCUUUGAUCUGCCUUGAAAUCAUUUUGCGACCACAUCUUUGAAAUAUCGGAGCGCUAGCACACGGUCGCCAAAAUGAAUGACCCAGCCAGCGGGCUCCCUGGGCAGCUUUUGCCCCAUAUGCACCUUGUCUCGCGGUAUCGAUACCCGAUGAUGAGCGUGCUGCCCACCGAGACAGCAGUCGAUUAUCUCCUGUCUGCGCCAAAGAUUGUCCGCGAAUUGCAACCGAUGCACUGGACAUUUCUCGAUGGUCCCCCUGAUGGCACUAUCAUGCUCACCUGGCAGCCAUUAAACCACCUCGGAACAAAUUUUGCCAGCGAUGGUUACGUCUGGGCGGAUGCGGAACAGGCGUUUACUUUCGAAGCCAAGGGCUACACUGUUGAAAUGUGGCUUCAUAGAAGCGGUUACCAUCCUCCGAAUGAGAAUCUAGCUACGCAUUGCCGUCGUCGUUUCCGUCUGGUUGCUGCGAAGGCUCCCAAUCCCAAUCUUCCUCCGCCGGAUCCAUCACUAUGGAUCGUCCACUACUCGAAAGCUCCGCCGACCGAUCAUAUUCCUGCUAACAGAAUCCCGAUUCUGCCACAAACGCAAAGUAUGCUCGCGCAACGCCGCUUUCUACAGGGCCAGGGCCAGCUGGUCCGUAAGGACUUCAUGUUGCACGACCGCAACAACUGGCCAACAAUCAAUUUCCCGCCGCAGAUGGGCCCUCAAGGGUUCGCGCAGCCGCCAGGGGCGUUCCCCAAUGCCAUGAUGGCUCGACAGCCUGGCGCAUUCUACCCUCCACAGCAAGCCGCCGGCAUUCCUGGUGCUAUGGCUCCAGCUCAAGCCAAAGCGCCGCGGGGCCAUCGGGGGUCAACUGCAGCGUUAUCUGCGGCCAACGUUGAUUUUUCGUUGGAGGACGAAGAAGUUUCUACCGGCGAUAUGCUGGACCUCUUGACACCUCGGGAGAUCGCGAAGAUGAGAUAUCAGCAACAUCAUGAAUGGAUGGAAGAGAUCUUUGCGUCUCCCUAUGCCACGAACCAAAUCACGCCCGUUGACCUCGGACUGGGUCGUAAGGGCGAGCUUGAGUCCUUGACAGCGGGCUUCUUUGACGCGCCAACGGGUCCUUCCGCAACCAAGGAAUCCAAGGAAGCAGGAAAGAUGGAACCUGGCAAGGCCGAAGAAUUCGCGGAUCGCGUUUCUAAGAAGGUGGCGGAUAUGACAGAGGAGAUUGAAAAGCUGAAAAAGAGACAUGCGCGACGGAUGGAGAAGUUCAAACGCACCUCACUGCUUAAAGAUGCCGAAUUACGGCUCCGUGAAGCUGCAGCGGACCCUGACGCUACAGGCUCUGAGCUCUGGAGACUGGAGGGUCGCAUCGAUAUACCUGCCGAAGAAGGCGCGUCUCCAGUGGACUAUCCGCAGGCCAAGCCUAAAUACAAGGUUGAUGACAUUCUCCGCGAGGUGGAGACUUCAUGGGGUAAGAAGAUAGUACCGGAAACCAAGGUGGCUUGCGUUGAGAAGGGCGGUCUUCUUGAUAAGAUCGAGCAUAAACAGCAGCCUGAGCCUGAAGGAGAUGUCUCCAUGGAGAACACAGGUAGCCAUGUCAUGGACCAGUUUGGCACGCCAGGUGGUUCAGCACCUGGCCAAGGAGCAGCCACACAGGCCGGUGGCAACGCCUCGAGUAAUGUCCCCAAUACGGCCAAUGCUCAAGCGUCUACGACAGGCACAUCUCAAGGUGGCCUUCCUUCCAUCCCCGACUUGGAUGUGGACAUAGAAAUGGCUGGAACUUCGAAUGAGCAGCAAGCGCCCACAGCGGACGGCGAAACUGGCGACUGGGUCAUGGUCAAUGAUGACACCAAGAAAGAUGACAGGUCCGCCGGUCAAGGUGCCCCUGGGAGCGCAUCUCAGGGCUUUACGCCAGGCAACACUGGUCUUGAGACAAGCAAUUUCGAUGACGCUGCUGACUUCACCAACAUCGACUCCGCGGGUGAUGCACUUGCUGCCUACAGCGAACAACACGACGGUUUAGAUCUUCCUGAUCUAGAGAACUCAGCCUUUGGCGACGCGUUCCACGCAUCGGACAAUGAGCACAAUCACCACCACGAUGUGGACGACUUAUCCUAAGCGUUUCGUUUUUUUCUUCUUUUCUUCUUCUUUCUUUUUCUCGGAUGAUUUUGGGCUUCUCUACGCCUGGAUUGCGGCGGCGCUGGUGG